AAGAAAAGAUUUCACAACUGAAGGAACAGGUGAACAGUCUGCAGACCCACGUCACGGGUGAGUUUGCUAAAAUGCACCAGAGUCUGACGGACAGAGAGCAGCGAGUGAUGGGGGAUCUCAGACAACGAGAGGAUGAGAUAUUAAAGCGAAUGGAGACAAAUCUGCGAGAGAUUCAAUGCAAAUUAGAUUCUGUUGAACAACAACUCUCCGAGUUAGAGACACAGAUGGGAAAAGACGAUCUCACCUUCCUGCAGGAAGAAGCUGCUGGCAACAGAAGGGUCAGUGACGAGGUAUUUGAUCUGUCAGUGUGUGAGGAUGAGCUCCCUGUGGCCAAGUACAAAUGGCCUUUGCAAAACACAGUAUGGAGACAGAUUAUAGACAACAUCAGCCCAGUGACUCUGGAUCCUGACACAGCUCAUCGCCGACUCAUCCUGUCUGAGGACCUGACCAGCGUGAGACUCGGAGACACACGGCGGCAGCUCCCUGACUCCCCGAAGAGGUUUAGUAAAUAUCUCAUAGUCCUGGGGUCUGAGGGCUUCACAUCAGGGAGACAUUACUGGGAGGUGCAGGUGGCCAACAAGACACAGUGGGCAGUGGGAUUGGCCCGAGAGUCUGUCAACAGGAAAGGAAAGAUCACAGUGUCACCAGAGAAUGGAUUCUGGGCUGUGACACUGAGAAACGGGGAUGUAUAUAAAGCUGGUACAUCAGCUCUCCGCCUGUCCCUGAGAGAGAGACCCGGGAAGCUGGGAGUGUUCCUGGACUAUGAGGGGGGAGAGGUGACAUUUUACAACGCUGAUAACAUGUCGCAUCUCCACACUUUCACCCAGACUUUCACUGAGAAACUUUAUCCGUACUUCAGUCCCUGUAAUAGCGACAGCGGCAAAACCUCUGAGCCUCUGAGUAUCUGUCGGGUGACCGAUUAAUGAGGCGGAAAUCCUCAGCCACGAGCUGUGUUUGGCUGUGAUGGCCACGAGGCUGAACCUUUUAUAAUCUGUGUCCUUAUACAAUAAAGCUUGUGGUUUAUAUGACACCUUUCACACUGGGACCGCGGCUCAAUCCUUUCUCGGAAUCGGCUGUGAAGCGACGGUUGUGUUUGUGAGCGAAUAUAGAGCUAAUUUGCACAGAGAAAAGUCUAAAGUAAAUCAUCUGUGACACAACGACCAUCAGGCUGGAGUUUUCAGCUCCUGAUCUCGACAAUAAUAAUCCCCAUAUUGCACACAGCUCCUCAUCAAUUCUGCCAGAUGUCUCAAAGCCUAUCCCAGGCUUUCUAAAUCUGCAUUAAUCCCAAUGAUACCCAUGGGAUUUAUCAUUGACUUUCUGUUUAAAUAAUAAAGCGCUCUCUGUGUGCAACACUGGAAACGUUUUUAAA